AUGUGUCGUGAAAAACUUGGCUUACCUUCAGCACGUAAUAAUAGUAUAAUAAUAAGCAAUCAACAGACAAAUAAAUCUAAAGAGUCUUGCGAAAAUGACAUCAUUUUACCUACCAGUGAAGAUGAUAUAUUGUUACAUGAUAUAAUCAAGCUAGAGGAUUUGGAGGACUUCAUAUCAACUGAAAUUGAAGCAUGCGAAAACAAUUCAAUUGGAAUCGAAGUAAAUCUAUAUAUUCAUUUGUCAAAUAAUAAUAAAAUUAAUAACGAUACCAAUUAUAAUAGCAGUGAUAACAAUAUCAAUAAUAAUGAUAAUAUAAGUCUUACUUUUCAAAAAGUUAUUGAAUCUAUUCAAAUCGCUGAUGAUCAUACUGUACUAAAUCCUAAGCGUAUUCAUACAAAACAAGAGCAUUUCACUUGUUAUGGUUUAUUGCGACUUAUUUUUAAUCCAGAAAAUAUGAUUAUGCAUCUUCACUUGCAUCAUCAUGAGCUUCAUCCACGUCCAGCUACAAAAGAAAAUGUUAACGAAAACAUUACAACAUUCAUUAAAAAUAAUAUUCAUCUUACUUCGAGACAACUUUGGAAGCAUUUGCAACAUCAAUCACAUACCUUAACGCAAAAACAGGUUCAUUUUUGGUGGUCUACAUUUCACCAAAAACUCUUCUAUUGUGAUAAUGAUCAAUUUACUUCAGCAAUAUAUCUUCUACAAGAAGAUGAAAGUUACCCUCUACUAUAUAGCAAUCAAGAAAAUGGACUUUCUGAAUUUGCAUUCACUACACCAUUUCUACAAUUGUUACAUGGUAUAUAUGAUGAAAUAUGUAUGGAUGCCACAUACAAAACAAAUAAUGUGGGGUUCGAGCUUUAUACAAUUAUGGCAAACAUCGAAG